AUGGAAAAAGUGAUUUUACGUGUUGCCGAUUUUCAAUUAACUUUGCCAUUAAUUGAUUCUUUUGCUCAACUUUUCGAUCACACAGCCUCUACUUCUGCAUUUCCUCUCAAUCAAGUUUCACGAAAUUUAAUGUGGUAUUUUUUGGAACUUUCUACAUUUGAUUGUUUCUGUGCUUGCAUUUUACCAAGUCGAUUGGCGGCAGCUGCUUUCCUCUUAGCUUCUUCAUUUCAAAAACUUCGUCAAAAAGUUGAACCGAUGGCGACAAUCGAUAAAGAAAAAUGGAAAUUAUGGUCUGAUGAAAUGGUCGAAAGAACCAGAAUUAAAAGAUCGCAUUUGCAAGAACCAGCUAAAAUAUUAAUGAAGUUACAACAAAAGGCAGUCUCGUCAAAGUUUCAAGCUCUUUUCAAAAAAUUUUCUUGUCCAAAGCGAUGCAAAGUUGCAUGUCUCAAACCGUUGGAAUUCGAAGAAGUCGCUAGUCAAUUCAGCGAUUGA